AUGGAGGAAUCGCAAAUUGACAGCAAUGGCACUGACAACGGGGACAUUGACCUUUCGCACCACCUAUCGGAUGAGGCUAGGAAUCGAGUUGCCAACCCGCUGAAAGACAUCUUGCGGGUGAUCAGCGAAUGUCCAGUCACUGAUCUAAUCAGUAUGGCAAAUGGUGAUCCUCAUCAUUCGCUCUAUCCUUUCCGGCAAAUCAUGUACGAAGUACCAUCUGUACAGGACGCACCUGAUCCAGUCACUUCAUGGCGGAACAACUCCGGGCUCGCACAGAUCAUACGUUCCUACAGAGAUCAGGAGUGCGCGCUAUCCAUUCGCGACGCCUUCCCGUAUUCCCGGGCUGCUGGACUUAAACAGUGCAGAGAUGUACUCACUGACUUCACGAAGCUGAUAUUCGCUCCGCCGAAUCAUCAUGUGUUGUUGACAUUGGGGAACUCUGAUGGUAUCACGAAGGUUUUUCGCCUCUUCGGGGAGAAGGGUAUGACAAACUCUCCUCUUGCAUACGGCGUCAAGUGGGUUGGUGUCAAGAUGGAUUCUGGUGGUAUUAUUCCUGAGGAGCUAGAAAGAGUUCUCGUCAAAUGGGACGAGGUGAAACUGGGACGACGACCUCGUGUUCUCUAUAUUAUCCCGGUUGGCCAGAAUCCUACUGGAUCAACAUUGAGCGUGGAUCGUCGCAAGAAGAUCUAUGCCAUUGCGCAAACAUGGGAUUUAAUUAUCAUAGAAGACGAUCCUUACUAUUUCCUGCAAUAUGACAUCCUUCAAACGAACUGCGCGCCAACAGAUCCUGAUGAAUUUAUUAAGAAUUUUCGAAGCACCUUGAUACCUACAUUCUUGUCAAUGGAUGUUGACGGCCGUGUGCUUCGCAUCGACACGUUCAGCAAAGUGCUUGCCCCCGGAAUGCGAUUGGGCUGGAUCACAAGCAACAAACUUUUCCACCUAAAGUUGGCAGAUUAUACAGAUUCAUCAACCCAGCCGCCACACGCCUUCGGGCAGAUGUUCGUCACCGAGAUGCUUAGCGAACAUGGCUGGAAAGUCGAGGGCUUCUGUCGGUGGUUGAAAAGCUUACGCUUGGACUACCAGAGCCGGCGUGAUUUCCUGCUCGACGUUUUCCAGCGCGAAGUAGAAUCUACCGGUUAUGCUAGCAUAAACCGCCCCGAAGCAGGGAUGUUUGUGUGGAUAGAAGUUUUUUUCGAAAAACAUCCUCGUUUCGUUCGCGAACGGUAUUCUGGUGGUUCGCCUGUUGUUGCACGGACUAAUACGGAACAGCUCCUGAAGGAGCUUUUUGAGAGGUUGAUGAAUACUCAAGGCGUUGUAUUCAUACCGUCUUCCAUGUUUGCUAUUCCAGAAAAUCCCCUAUGGGUGGAAAGCGACGGGCAUGUGCCAUUGAGCGAUCGCAGCAGGUUUCUACGCGCAGCGUUCGCUGGUACUGAGGAUAUCAUGGAGAAGGGUAUGAUACGCCUUGGUCAAGGUUUGCGAGAAUUCUUUCAAAAUUAG